AUGAUCAAAUCCCAGACCCCGCGACAUGAUUACUACCAUAUUCUCAACCUCCCAUUUACAACACCCCCAGCAGCCUUAUCCAAACAACAACUCAAAAUCGCAUAUCACAAAGCUCUCCUGAAACAUCACCCGGACAAAGCGAUUUCAGUCGCAGCCACUCCCGCACGCACACACACACACGAUACGAAAACCGCUUACCGCUCAAGUCCCGACCGCAACGCUGAUACCUCUCCGACAUUCACCAUCGACGAGAUAACAGCAGCUUACAAGACGCUUUCUGACCCUGCCCUGCGGGCGGAAUAUGAUCGUGUCCUCCGACUUGAGCGGGUGACGGCGGGGAAGGGGGACAAGGGCGCGGAGGCAGCGUUUCAUACAGGUCUCGAGGUAGUUGAUUUGGAGGAUCUUGUAUGUGAGGAGAUGGGCGAUGGGGAGGGACUACUGUGCUGGUAUCGGGGGUGCCGGUGUGGAGAUGAGAGGGGGUUCAUGGUUACCGAGAAGGAUUUAGAGAAGGAGGCUGAGCAUGGUGAGGUUGUGAUCGGGUGCCGGGGGUGUAGUCUCUGGAUGAAGAUUUUGUUUGCGAUGGAGGAGGGCGAUGGUUGA